GUUGAAAAGUUGCGCAUGACGUCACACGCUUCCCGCAGCCAAUUACCAAAGUCCAGCGUGCAGAAUAAACAACACAACUCUCGCAUAAACUUCACGAAUCUCUCUCGUAAACGGAUUCACAAGCUGGGUAAAGUAACUUUACCACGUUUCACGCUUUACACUUAUAAACAAAAUAUUUUGAGUAAAAUCAUGGCAGAGAAACCUCAGCUGGUCAAUGAUUCACCAGAAGAGGUUCAGACUGAUGACUGCAUGAGCACAUACACGCAUAUCUACAGUCCUGAUCUGCUCAGUGGUCAGGUGGCGUUUAUAACCGGUGGUGGAUCAGGUAUUGGUUUCAGAACUGCAGAGGUUUUGAUGAGACAUGGUUGUGACACUGUCAUUGCGAGUAGAAACCUGGAAAAACUCUCUGAGGCAGCCAAGAAGUUGUCCAGUGGCACAAACAGACGCUGUUUGCCUUUAGCAAUGGAUGUCCGUCAGCCAGAGACCAUUUCUACUGCCGUGGAAGAAACCUUGAAAGAAUUUGGACGCAUUGACAUACUUAUUAACAAUGCAGCAGGUAAUUUCCUAUGCCCUGCUACAUCACUGUCCUUUAAUGCCUUUAAAACAGUAAUGGAGAUUGACACCAUGGGAACAUUCAACACCAGUAAAGUAGUAUAUGACAAAUGGUUCAAGGACCAUGGUGGCUCAAUCGUGAACAUUUCUGCCACACUGGGGUACAGAGGUCAGGCCCUUCAAGUGCAUGCUGGAUCAGCAAAGGCAGCGAAUGAUGCCAUGACACGACACUUGGCAGUAGAGUGGGGCCCCAGUGGUGUAAGGGUGAACACGGUUGCACCGGGUCCCAUCUCUGGCACGGAGGGAUACCGUAGACUAGGAGGUACUCAUGCCGAGACGGCAGGAGCGUUCCAUAGCAUCCCUUUGCAAAGAGCCGGCAAUAAGACGGAGAUGGCGCAUGCGGUUCUUUUCCUGGCCAGCCGUGCCGCUUCAUACGUCACUGGGGCUAUACUGGUUGCUGACGGAGGGGCGUGGCUUACCUCGGCCAAUGACGUGGAACGGCUGCUGGGUAUACUCUCAUCUCGCUCUGCAAAACUUUGAAAAGUCAGCACCGCACGCAGGUGUUUGGUCAGCAGAAAAAAGAAAGGAUAAAUAACUCGACCAGAAUGAAUGGAUAAACCAACUGACCAGACCAUUUGCACAUUUCAUAAAAUACACAAGGACCCACAAUCAGCUGUACAUGAUUAAUAUGGUUUAAGUAUUGUUAGUCAAUCAAACACAAACAAGUCAACUUUUAUCAACAUAUCAACAUUUAUUGAAAAAAAAUCAUAUCAGCAGAUACCCUUGAAAUGUGCAUUUCCAGCUGCCAAAUGAGUCAACAUCAUUUCAUUAAAGGUAUUAAAGGGACAGUUCAUAAUUUACUCACUUUCAUGUUGUUACAAACCUGUAUAAAUUUCUUUGUUCUGAUAAACACAAUGGAAGAUAUUUUGAGAAAUGUUUGUAACCAAACCAUUUGUGAGCCCCAUUCACUUCCAAAGUAGAAAAAAUAAUACUAUGGAAGUGAAUGGGCUCAUGAACUGUUUGGUAAACGAUGACAGAAUUUUCAUUUUUGGGUGAACUAUCCCUUUAACUAUGUCCACUUCAGUAGUGACAACUUCCUGUAUAACCAUACUUUUAAAAAUAUGUGAUAAUGAUUUGAUUAGUUUAUUUUUUCACAAAUAAUUGUAUUCACAUAUACACUGUAAUAAAUCGUUUUGUAAUAAUAAAUGUUUUUACCGUU